UGACCUAUCUUUGCCAGCUUCUUGAGCCGUAUGUUGCAAAUGCGACACAUCAAAGCCGUGCGCUCACAGUCCCACAGACUGUAUGCGUAGCGUUGCGGUAUUUCGCAACGGGUACUUUCAUGUACAGUGUGGGUGAUGCGGAGAACCUUAGUAAAAACACAGUCUGCCGCGCUAUUCGCAAGGUGGUGCUUGCUCUAACGGCACACGUGGACACAUUUGUUGUGUUCCCAGGGCACCUGCCCACGCAGACAAUAAAAGAGGGCUUUUAUGAAAUAGCAGGUAAAUAUUCCCUUAAAUUUAAACUUCAUCUAUAAAUAAUCUUGCAUAUGAAAUAUAUAUAUAUAAUAAUAUUGAAAUUCAUCAAACUCUUUAGGCUUCCCAAGGCUGAUUGGGGCAAUCGAUUGCACCCAUAUCCCGAUUGCUGCAUCGCUGGGGGAGAAUGAAGGCAACUUCAUAAAUCGCAGGUCAUUCCACAGCAUCAACGUUCAGAUGACUUGUGACCAUCAGUGCUUGGUGACCAGCAUUGAGGCAAAGUGGCCUGGGUCAGUCCAUGACUCCCGGAUCUUUAGGGAGUCUGCACUGUGCCACAGACUAGAGCAAGGGCUCUACAGUGGAUUGCUGGUAGGGGACCGAGGGUACGCCUGCCAGCCCUUUUUGAUGACCCCCUAUCCUGACCCCAACACACGGCCACAGAAUGCCUUUAAUGUGGCCCUUAGCAGGACAAGGGUCAAGAUAGAGAUGACCUUUGGCAUCCUGAAAGCAUGCUUCAACUGCCUGCGUGGCCUCCGAGUGGCCCCAGACUGGGCUUGUCAAGUGGUGACAGCCUGUGUCGUGCUCCACAAUGUGGCCUCCAUAAGAAUGGAGAGAGCCCCACCUGUCAGCCAGCAACCCCCAGAUGUGGUAGACCCCAUCACCCUCGACUACCCUACUGGCAGGGCCGUGAGAGACGCUAUAACGCGGCAGUUUUUUGUUUAAGGGGAGACAGGCUGAGCCAUUUUUCUUUAGCCAUUUUUCUUUACAUUUAGUCAUGUAGCGGCAUUCUUUACCUUUUACUUUUCAGUUGGGCUAUUUUGCUUCCAUAGCAUUUGAGCUAUGUAGAAUUUAUUUGUGUCCUUGGACAAGGCACUUCACCCUACUUGCCCUGGGGGAAUGUCCCUGUACUUACUGUAAGUCGCUCUGGAUAAGAGCGUCUGCUAAAUGACUAAAUAUAAAUGUAUUUAAUGUUGCCACCAUAUUCGGAUUAUGGAGUGAUGAAAGAUAUCCAGAGUGCGCUCUGUAGAAACUUUGGACUCUUAAUAUGGUGACAAAAUGAAACAAGGAUUUGCAUUCUGUCUUCAUCCAAUGUUCUGAUUUCCGUGCUGGAAAUGUAUGCAAAUUAUAUCAUAUUUUACAACUUAAUGCAUCAUUUGCUCAUUGAAACAUACAUUUACAGGAAACUAGUAUUGAAAACAAUAUUUGACCUAAUAUUAGUUAUCAACUGGGGAGGUUUCAUGUUGAUAUGUUAUCCCUAUUCACUGGGGUGUCUCCCCUUAACCCUUUUGUCCUUGGGUUGCUUUGACCCAUUUUCUAAUCAUUUCUAUAUCAGAAAUUGGGGUUUCUUUCAACCAAAACAUUUCAAACCAAAAAGAACAACGUGUAUGGUACCAUGCAAUGCUCUUCACAAG